AUGGGGCCCAUCAGGUCCAUCCCUCUCGAGAAACUGCCACCAGGCUAUCAGACCAAGCCGCAGAAUGGUCGAAUCGCCUGGUUACACGCGAUCACCGGUCUCCUCAUCGUCUUCAAUUGCUGGGGGAUCAACAAUGCAUUUGGGCUUUUUCAAGAGUACUACGAAACAGUCCACCUACCUGGAUCGAGCCCCUCAACCAUCGCAUGGAUUGGUAGCACGCAACUGGCCUUGGUCUUUGCUCUUGGAGUGCCUGUCGGAAAGCUUGUCGACAAGGGACACUUCAGGCUUGUCUUCCAUACCGGCACCGUAAUCAUGCUCGUAGGCAUAUUCUGCACAGCAUGGUGCACUAAGUUCUGGCAGCUUUUUCUCGUCCAAGGCUUAAUUACCGGACUAGGAAUGGGGAUGGUGUUCUGCUCGGGAGUUGUGGCGUUGAUGACUUGGUUUGACGAGAUGCAUGUGGGAAUGGCCAUGGGGGUAGCUGCGGCCGGUAGCGCUAUUGGUGGUAUAGCAUAUGUGUUACUCGCCCGACACCUUUUGAGGACAAUGGGAUUCGCCACCACGAUGCGAAUUCUUGGAGGCGUGGCAGCAGUAGCUAUGGUGCCGCCAUCCCUAGUAUACAGAAUGCGGGACCAGAAGCACAAGCACCUGCGGCGAUUCCAGAGAGCGUCCAGAGCCUCUCCAAUCCAGUUUGGAUCUUUCGAAAGCAGCGCGAUGAUGCCAAUGCCCGUGACGAUGCCGCCGCGGACCGGAUGGCGAACCUUUGUCCAACCUGAAUAUCUUCUUGCUGGAGCUGGGAUGUCCCUCGCCUUUCUCGGAGUCUACUUCCCAUUCGUCUUUAUCAUUUCGUAUGGCUCAACGGAACUGGACUUAUCUCAGAAGGCUUCCACGAACCUGCUCAUCUAUAUGCUGUCUGCCAGUCUGCCAGGUCGUUUCGUCCCUGCUCUCAUCAGCGACCGAUGUAUUGGACCUCUCAACACGGUCAUCCCGAGCGUCUUGCUCAGCAGCGCAGUCAUCGGGCUCUGGGCAGCGAGUCAACAGAACGAAGUCAGCCUGAUCGUACUCGCGUGCUUCUACGGCUUCGUCAGUGCCGGAGUUCAAGUGCUCUACGCACCUACAGUGCACGCCUUGUGCAUGGAACCAAAACCUACACGGGCACCUUUCGACGAAUUGAACAGUCACAUGAACCACGGUCUGGCAACCGACCGUCUCGGGCUCAAAGCAGGUGGCAUUUUCAUUUUCAUCGGCAUUGCGUGUCUGGUCGGAACUCCCAUCGGCGGAGCACUGAUCCGGUACAGCACCGACAUGGGGAUCUCACAGCCUUUUCUUGCCGGACAAAUUUUCGCUGCCGUCUCGCUUUUGUUGAGCGGAGUGCUGUUGCUCGCGAGUCGAACUGCCAAAGCUGGCUGGACCGCGAGGCGCACAUGA